CAAAGAAUCGGAAAAUGGAAAAUGUUUUCUUGAUCAUUUUUUCUAUAUUUCUCAUUCUCCAGUAUGUUCGGGGAUUCGACUUUGAAGAAAGGGAAUUGCAGAACGAGGAAAGCUUCCUUCAGCUCUAUGAGAGAUGGAUGAGAUACUACUCAGUUGAAAGGCUCCCUGAUGAGAGGGAACAGACGUUCAACAAUUUCAAAGACACUGUGAUGUUUGUCCACGAGAACAAGAACAUACCCUACAACCUUAAACUCAACAAGUUCGCCGACUUGACAUUCAAAGAGUUUUCAAACAUCUACGCAGAUUGUAACUCCGGCUAUGAUACUAAAGGGUCUCCAAAUGCAUCCGGACGGUUUAUGUAUGAGAACGCGACUCAACUCCCGGACUCGAUUGAUUGGAGAGAGAAAGGCGCCGUUACUCCAGUCAAGGAUCAAAAGGGUUGUUGUAAGUCUUUUUGGAAAGCUUUAGUUUUAUACGUAAAAAAAAAAAAAGGAAAGCUUUAG